ACUGUGGAGCCAUGUGCUGAUGAGGAGGUAGUGGGUGAUAGUGACAGGAAGCUGUUUCAUUCGAUGGUUGGGUCGCUGAAUUAUCCUGCAAAUCAUACACGGCCUGACAUUGCAUUUGCUACAUCACGGUUGGCUAGUGUGGUCUCACGCCCUAGUCAUGAGCAGCUGGAAGCGGCCAAGAGGUUGGUCCGCUAUGUGAGUGCUACGGCAUCAGUGGGAUUGGAGUACAGUGGAGUGAGGCAGCGGUUGCAGAGAGAUUCUUGAACUUUGAUUGAACUCUUGAGAUUGAGUU